AGAUGAGAUAUAACUUUUCGCCUAGUCUAUGGAUACUAAUUUAUCUAAUCUUCGUUUGGUUCUACAAACGUUUCAACUGCAAUGACUAUUGCAAAAAGUCUGAGAUUGUCAUUAUUGAAAAUGAUACGUAUCGAUAUUCUCUUCAUUAUAAUUAUUCAAUGAGGAUUCAACGUAACCAAUCUCAAUCAGUUUCGAGUGACCGUUUUAAAAAUAAGAUAAAUCGCACAUACGAGGCUUAUCCUCAAUUAUCGUCUAGUUAUUACGGUUAUCACGUACAAGAAAUUGAUUUUAACGAUGAUCAUGGAGAUAAUGUAUAUGAUUUUGAAUGGUCUUACAUUGGAACUAUUAUUAAUUACAUAGAAAACUAUGAGAAGUCUGAAUCUAGAGUUUUGAAUGAGGAGGAAUUAUUAGGAGUCCAAAGGAAUUUUUCGAUAAACGUUAAUGGUUCAGAGGCUACAGCCACAAUGACGAGUUUAAUAGACCCAAAUGGGAAGGUAUCGUUCCAUUAUGAUAACAUUCCUACGGAAAUUGAGGAAAGUCAAUUGCUAUCGGGAAUCGUUGGAAUAAUACGUUGUGAAGGAGAAAUUUGUUCGCAGUACAAUACAAGUGAGACAUGUCAAAAUGCAAAGACAUGGAAAACGACAUGUAUUUGGUGUGAAAAAGGGGGGAAAUGUAUAGAAAGUAACAAUCAGGACACUCAUGGCUUGAAAGUAAAUGACUGCCGUGUUGAAAAGAACUCGUAUGUCAACGAUUUGAAUAGUUCAACAACUAUGAAACACAGUGAAACAACAUUGGGGAUCACUGAGGUUCAGGUUAGUGAAAACGUCAUGAAAACUACUGGAGAAACAGAUAAACACUUGACUACCAAAACAACGGAAGAAAAUAAGCAACACAUGUCACAUUGGUACUUGUACGUUGUAAUUCCUUUGGUCGCCUCUCUAUUUCUUAUAUGCGUCGGUUGUAUAAUUUGGAGAUGGUUACUUAGAAGAAAGAGAAGUAAUGAAUGAUUCAUGAAAAAUUCUUAUAAAUUCCUUUGAAAACUCUGAACAAGUUGUCUCAAUUUUGCUUUUCUUUAGAAUACUUUAGAAUUUCAUUUGUCUUCUUACUAAUUUGGAC